GUUCGAUUGUACCGCAGUAACAUUCCCCUUCUCGCCAUCCUCCCACUUCCUCCUCCACCGGCUGAUAUCACUCGCACGCAGUUCACCACUCGCUAAUCACUAGUAUCCUUUUUGUGUCCUUCCCUCCUCUCAGUUAACUGUCAGGAUACCGGAACUUGAACUCGUAUACAACUGCCAGCGCAUUCCGGCAACUUGAACUCGUAUACAACUGCCAGCGCAUUCCGGCAACUUGAACUCAAGCCUGCUCUCUCCUUAUCCAUCUUUCCAGGCAAGCAUCACUGCCGACGCCUCAUCUCAUCAGGAGCGACAGACACACGGACAUGGCCUUCCACCGGUAGCCCCCCAUCGAGCCAGCACCCUCGUCCGCAUUCCGGAACCCCCAUUUUCAUCCAGUCCAGAUCUUUCCUCUCCUGACAACCCCCGAGCCAUCUCAGGCUCGCCUUCCUCACUGCCCGCCGCGCCUCACGACCGACUCGGACCUCUUCCUACGAAUUGCUGAACCGCAGCGACUACCAGCCCCCGAUUCUGUGGAUCCAUUGAUUUGGCACCCUGCGGCAUCAUGGCGACGGAAAAGCGCAACUUUUCGUCUUUGUCCUUUUCUUCCAAGAAACAUCUCAAUGGCGAGUCGAGUUCGGGAACGCAUACGCCUACAGCUACCAAGCUCAAGAACUUCUUCCGCAUAACCAGCAGUGGCAGUCAGACAUCGAUAAGCCCGGACGGGCUGCCCACCCCCAAGACUGAAGUCAAACACGUCAAGCAAUCGCGGUUUCUCCCCGGUCUGGGUAGAAACCGGUCUACUACCAUCGCUAGUGAAGGUCAUCCGCUUGACGAUGCCAUCGUCUCGCCCACCGCCCAAGCCAACCCUUACUUUGUCCAUCAAGGCCCUCCAGCUCUCCGACACCGCAAUGAAGGCAGUGUGCCCCCCUCACCGCCCGAUACCCCUAAAGUCCAAGUCAAUGGUACAUCGCCCGAGGAAAAGGCCGUUGCAGCGGGCAAGGAGGAACUGGCGCGGAAACUCAGAAGAGUAGCAUCUGCCCCGAACGCCCAAGGUCUGUUCAGUGGAGCCAAGGGUGGCAGUGAGAGACCUCAAACCGCUGAGCUCGGCAAAGAGCCGCUCACUGUCCUUUCCGGCUCCUCGCCCAAGUUGGGCAUGACGCCGCCUGAGGAUGCUGAGGCCGAAAGUCUGCCUGCAGCCGGAGCCAAAAUCCCCUUGCCAGGCCAGAUUCGCCAAUCUGUCGCUUUUAGAAGAACGUACAGCUCGAAUUCAAUCAAGGUGCGCAAUGUCGAAGUGGGUCCUGGCAGUUUCGACAAGAUCAAGUUGAUCGGCAAGGGAGACGUGGGCAAGGUGUACUUGGUUCGCGAGAAAAAGUCGAAUCGGCUAUAUGCCAUGAAAGUGCUCAGUAAGAAGGAGAUGAUCAAGCGUAACAAGAUCAAGCGCGCGUUGGCCGAGCAGGAAAUCCUGGCUACCAGCAAUCACCCUUUCAUCGUCACCCUCUACCAUUCGUUCCAGUCGGAAGAGCAUCUGUAUCUAUGCAUGGAAUAUUGCAGUGGCGGAGAAUUCUUCAGGGCAUUGCAAACUCGACCCAACAAGUGUAUUGGAGAGGAAGAUGCCCGAUUCUAUGCGGCCGAGGUCACGGCUGCCUUGGAAUAUCUGCACCUGAUGGGGUUUAUUUAUCGAGACCUCAAGCCCGAGAAUAUCCUUCUUCACCAAUCCGGCCAUAUCAUGCUGUCCGAUUUCGAUUUGUCCAAGCAGUCAGACUCGGGCGGGGCACCCACCAUGAUCUUGGGCACGCGCAACGCAUCCAACCCGACUGGCUAUCCGCUGGUAGACACGAAAUCGUGCAUUGCCGAUUUUCGAACCAAUUCAUUUGUCGGCACGGAAGAGUACAUUGCGCCCGAAGUCAUCAAGGGCAAUGGACAUACAAGCGCGGUUGAUUGGUGGACCCUGGGCAUUUUGAUCUACGAAAUGUUGUUCGGAACCACCCCAUUCAAGGGCAAGAACCGCAAUGCGACAUUUGCCAAUAUCCUCCGAGACGACGUGCCGUUUCCGGACCAUUCACACGUCACGCAAGUGAGCAAUUUAUGCAAGUCGUUGAUUCGCAAGCUUUUGAUCAAGGAUGAGGCCAAACGAUUGGGCUCCCGCGCGGGUGCGUCCGAUGUAAAAAACCAUCCUUUUUUCCGUCCCAUCACCUGGGCUCUCCUCCGCCAUAUGAAACCCCCGAUGAUUCCUCAUCAGGGCCGGGCAAUCGACACGUUGAACUUCCGGACGGUCAAGGACAGUGCUAGUGUCGAUAUUGGUGGAACAGCCAGCCGGCUGAAAGGAGUUCCUUUGGAUUCUGGUAUGGCGACUCCUGGUGGCGAGAUUGCGGAUCCUUUCUUGGAGUUCAACAGCGUCACGCUGCACCACGAUGAUGAAGACACGAUUUUGAUGGACAGCGGACAAGCACCAAGCGGACGAUGAUGGAGGAAGUCAUGCGUGGGUUCAUGAUACAAUUUCCAAAAGGACCGGACGGUUGAAUUCUGCAAUGGCGUUGUUGGCGUUAGUAAGAAAAUAAAUGCACUAUGUGGGUGCAAGUGGCGGCCUCGUUGAUGAGGCUGGAGGCAUAUUCUGGCGUUACGACGGCGGACAAUGCGCAUGUACAGAUAUACAGCAGAGCAAAGCGGUGUUUAUAUGGCCAUUCAUUCAGAUUGUGGUGCCAGAGCAGACUGUUGACUGUGACUUCCUUGGAACGUGACGGUGUAACGUAUUGUACAUGCCUUCUCGUCUGGUACUGCAUGAUAGGCCGGCAUGUUUCCCGUCCCAUCUGCCACGCAACUCGUGUUACACAUAAUGGAAUAAAUCGCCGAGUCUUCGC